GCUUCUGAUUUUCAACUCUCUUUUGGUUUUUCUAGCAUUUCUUUGUUCACGACUCUUGUCUCAGAGCAUUAGUUCAAUAUUUUGACAUGCACGUUUUCUUAUCCUUAUCAUGCAGAGAUUUUUCAGGGCAGGAUCUUGAUGGCGUGCUUCCACCAUCAGUGGCAAAACUACCUUACCUUAAGAAACUUAAUUUGGGCCAGAACUACCUCAGUGGUUCGAUACCUCGUGAAUGGGCUUCUACAAAGUUGGAAUUCCUGGUCGUCAGUGUCAACAAUUUAUCAGGACCAAUACCCGGAUUUUUGGGAAAUAUAACUACUCUCAAAGAUCUGGGUCUGGAGAGUAACUUGUUUUCUGGAACAAUUCCACCUGAAAUUGGGAAAUUGGUCAACUUGGAAACUGUCUUUCUUAGUGCUAAUAAUCUCACGGGAGAGUGGCCUGUGUCUCUCACCAAACUGACCAAACUACGAACUCUUAGGAUUAGCAGCAACAACUUUACUGGAAAAAUACCAGACUUUUUCCAGAGUUGGAAACAACUUGAGAAUUUAGAGAUGCAAUCAAGUGGUUUCGAAGGGCCAAUUCCCUCCGGUCUUUCUGUACUGAGUAAUUUAACAGAAAUAAGGAUUAGUGACUUACAUGGUGAGAGCUCAGAAUUUACAGACUUGAGAAACAUGACUAAUGUUAAAAAAUUGAUGUUGAGAAGCUGUAAUAUAAGAGGAAGAAUUCCUGAAUAUUUAUCCACCUUGACUAGUCUCACAACUUUAGAUCUUAGCUUUAACAGAUUGGAAGGAGACAUUCCAAAUCUUGAAAAUUUAAUGGGACUAAGCACAUUAUAUCUGACAAGUAACCUACUAACUGGGCUUAUUCCAAACUGGGUCAAUCUCAGAGAUAAUCGCUAUGUUAUGGAUCUUUCUUACAAUAAUUUUUCUGAGGCUUCUGUACCACCAGCUUGUCGAGAAACCUACAAUCUGUUCCGGAGCUUUCCUCAACACAGUGACCCGUUACUCAGCCCGUGCCUUAGUCCAUGUCCAAAAGACCAAUAUUCACUGCAUAUUAAUUGUGGCGGAAAACAAAUCACCAUCGGAAACAUCAAGUAUGAAGGAGAUGAAGACCCUGGGGGCGCAGCAAAGUUCGUCCAUAACACAGCGACUUGGGGAUUUAGCAGCACCGGUGACUUCUGGGACAUUUGGAGUAGCACAAAGGACUAUAUAGCAAAUAAUGUGUCUGUACUCAGGAUGAACAAUUCUGAGCUCUACACAACUGCACGUCUCUCUCCUCUUUCACUAGCAUAUUAUGCUCGUUGCUUAGCCAAUGGCAAUUACACUGUGAAACUUCACUUUUCAGAGAUACUAUAUAGGGACAACAGAUCUUAUUACAGUGUUGGAAGGCGGAUGUUUGAUGUUUAUAUCCAGGGAGAGAGGGUGUUGGAGGAUUUUAAUAUCGAAGAGGAAGCAAAUGGAGUCGAUAAGGAAGUGAUUAAACUAUUUAAAGCAUGCGUGAAUAAUAAGACAUUAGAGAUCCGCUUCCAAUGGACUGGAAAAGGGACAACAAAUGCUCCAAAGAGAGGAAUGUACGGUUCUCUUAUAUCAGCUAUCUCAAUGGAAGCUGAUUUCAAACCUCCAGAUGAAAAUAAAACCAAGAAAAUCAUUGUGGCUGGAGUUCUUUCUGCAUUAUGCCUUAUUUUCAUGAUCUUGGGCGUUCUCUGGUGGAAAGGAUAUCUUGGAGGUAGGCCAUCAAGGGAACAAGUUCUUAAAGGACUAGACCUGCAAACUGGUUUCUUUACGUUCAGGCAAAUUAAAGCUGCCACUAACAACUUUGAUGCUGCAAAUAAGCUCGGUGAAGGUGGAUUUGGAUCUGUGUACAAGGGUGUGUUAUUAGAUGGUACUAUUAUUGCAGUCAAACAACUUUCUUCAAGAUCAAAGCAAGGCAAUCGGGAAUUUGUGAAUGAAAUUGGCAUGAUUUCUGCCUUGCAACACCCAAAUCUUGUUAAAUUACACGGCUGUUGUAUUGAAGGAAAGCAAUUGUUGUUGGUAUAUGAGUACAUGGAGAAUAAUAAUCUUGCACUCUCUUUAUUUGGUCCAAAAGAUGGUCAGCUUAAAUUAGACUGGCCAACAAGGCAGAAAAUUUGUGUCGGAGUUGCUAGAGGCCUCGCUUUCCUUCAUGAGGAAUCACCACUGAAAAUUGUUCAUAGGGAUAUUAAAGCGACGAAUAUACUGCUUGACAGGGACCUUAACCCCAAAAUUUCGGACUUUGGUCUGGCUAAACUGGAUGAAGAGGAGAACACCCAUAUUACCACCAGAGUUGCUGGAACCAUAGGAUACAUGGCGCCAGAGUAUGCAUUAUGGGGUUAUUUAACAUUUAAAGCAGAUGUUUACAGCUUUGGAAUUGUUGCAUUGGAACUUGUGGCCGGCAUAAGUAACACAAAAUUUGGCCCAGAUGAGGAUUAUGUUUGCCUCCUAGAUUGGGCUCUAGUUUCACAACAAAAGGGAAAGUUAAUGAGGCUGGUAGAUCCAAGGUUGGGAUCCGACUUCAAUACGGAAGAGGCUGCCAGAAUGAUCAAAGUAGCUCUGCAAUGCACUAAUCCAUCGCCAGCACUUCGACCUACCAUGUCUGCAGUUGUGAGCAUGCUUGAAGGACGGACUCUCGUCCAUGAGUUGGUUAUGGAUCCAAGCGUUUAUGCUGACCAGUUAAGGUUCCAGGCCUUAACGGAAUACAUCGAUCACCUCAGAAGUCCAAGUUCAAGAGAGUCUGCGAGUUUCCUAUAUUCAUCAAGUGCCACAAGGCCCAGCUCUUCCUCUUUCAUCUGUCUCUACCUCUAUGGCUGUAUCCUGGUAGAUUACUCAUAUGUGCACGUUGGUAUUCUCCUACGGUUGAAACAGCAAUUAGCGGUUAACAACAUGCGCAGUGUAGCAAAAACAAACAUGGCUAUGGAAAGAGGAGAUUGUAUCAUCAAUACAAAGACCAUAACAUUGUUACUGUUUGUGUGCACUGCACUGAUCAAAGCCGAAGCACAAGUUGGUGGUACUCUUCCAAAUGAUGAAGUGGAAGCAAUUGAAGAAAUUGCUGAACAACUGAACAAGAAAGACUGGAACUUGAGUGACCCUUGCAGCAAUAAAACGACUAUUGAUAAGCCACGUACGGAUCAGUACAGCAAUAUAAUUGACUGCAAUUGCUCAAUCUCUGCUAAUGUAUGCCAUGUCCAAAAGAUAAGUUUUACAGGGCAGGAUCUUGAUGGUGUGCUUCCGCCGUCACUAGCAAAGCUACCUUACCUUAAGGAAGUUAAUUUAGUCAGGAAUUACCUUAGUGGUUCGAUACCGCGAGAGUGGGCUUCAACAAAGUUGGAAAGAUUAAUCAUUAGUAUAAACAAUUUAGGAGGACAAAUUCCUGGCUAUUUGGGAAACAUAACCACUCUAAGAUCUUUGUCCGUGGAAAGCAACUUUUUUAAUGGAACUGUUCCCUCUGAGCUCGGAAAAUUGGUGAACUUGGAACGACUCAUUCUUGGUGCUAACAAUCUCACCGGACAGUUUCCUCUGGCUCUCACAAAUCUCAGUAAAUUGAAUGAACUUAGGAUCAGUAGCAACAACUUCACAGGUAGGAUGCCCGAUUUUGGCGGUUGGAAACAACUUCAGAAAUUAGAGAUGCAAGCAAGCGGUUUUGAAGGGCCAAUUCCUUCUAGUCUUUCUCUUUUGAGCAAUUUAACUGAAUUAAGGAUUAGUGACUUAAACGGUGAGAGUUCAGAUUUUCCGGACUUGACGAACAUGACAAAUUUGGAGACCUUGAUGUUGAGGAGCUGUAAUCUAAGAGGAAGAAUCCCGGAAAAUAUACGUACUUUGGAGAGUCUGAGUGUUUUAGAUCUUAGCUUCAACAAACUGGAAGGAGAAAUUCCAGAUUUCGAAAAUAUAAUGCGUUUGGACACAUUGUAUCUUACGAGUAACUUGCUCAACGGAUCUAUUCCCGAAUGGCUCAAAAGCAGAGACAGUCGCUACCAGAUAGAUAUUUCUUACAACAACUUUUCAGAGACAUCCGAACCAUCUACUUGCCGAGACACUUUCAACUUCUUCCGGAGCUCUUCCGCACUGAAGAACAACUCAAUACUCAGCAAGUGCCUGAGUAAAUGUUCAAAAGAUUACUAUUCAGUGCAUAUAAACUGUGGUGGAAAACAAACCACUAUAGGAAACAUCAAGUAUGAAGGCGAUGAAGACCCCGGGGGUCAAUCAAAAUUUGUCCACAGCGCCGCGGCUUGGGGAUUUAGCAGCACUGGUGAUUUCAUGGACGUUUGGUCUACCACAAAGGACUAUAUAGCAAAUAAUGUGUCUGUUCUCAGAAUGAACAAUUCUCAUGAGCUCUACACAACCGCACGCCUCUCUCCUCUUUCCAUAACGUAUUACGCUCGUUGCUUAGCUAACGGAAACUACACUGUAAAACUCCACUUUGCAGAGAUAGUAUUAAGAGACAACAGAUCUUAUUAUGGUGUUGGAAGAAGAAUGUUUGAUGUUCAUGUCCAGGGAAAACUGGUGUUGGAGGAUUUCAAUAUCGAAGAGGCUGCAAAUGGGGUUGAUAAGGAAGUGAUUAGGGAAGUUAAGGCAGUUGUGAGCAAUAAGACACUAGAGAUCCGCUUCUAUUGGGCCGGAAAAGGGACAACGAAUGUUCCAAGGAGAGGAACAUAUGGUUCUCUUAUAUCUGCCAUCUCAGUGAAGUCCGAUUUUGAACCUCCUAACGAAAGCAACGCGAAGAAGUAUAUUAUCAUUGGAGUUGUUUCAGCAGUAUGUCUUCUUUUUAUAGUUUUAGGCAUUCUUUGGUGGAAAGGCUGUUUUGGAGGCAAGACAUCAAGGGAACAAGUUAUGAGAGGAUUGGAUCUUCAAACUGGUUUCUUUACAUUCAGACAGAUUAAAGCCGCCACUAACAACUUUGAUGCUGCAAACAAGAUUGGGGAAGGUGGAUUUGGAUCGGUCUACAAGGGUGUACUUCUAGAUGGCACUAUCAUUGCAGUUAAGCAACUCUCUUCUAAAUCAAAGCAAGGAAAUCGUGAAUUUGUCAACGAAAUAGGCAUGAUUUCUGCAUUACAACACCCAAAUCUUGUCAAAUUGCAUGGAUGUUGCAUUGAAGGAAAGCAACUGCUGUUGGUUUAUGAAUACAUGGAGAACAAUAGCCUGGCACACUCUUUGUUUGGAGAAGGUGGAUUGAAAUUAGACUGGAAAACAAGGCAAAGAAUAUGUAUUGGCAUUGCAAAAGGUUUGGCUUUCCUGCAUGAGGAGUCAACUCUGAAAAUUGUUCAUAGAGACAUCAAAGCGACGAAUAUACUGCUUGAUGGGAACCUCAAUCCUAAAAUAUCGGACUUUGGAUUGGCCAAACUAAAUGAAGAGGAGAACACCCACAUUAGCACCAGAGUUGCUGGAACUAUAGGAUACAUGGCACCAGAGUAUGCACUAUGGGGUUACUUAACUGAUAAAGCAGAUGUAUAUAGUUUUGGGGUUUUAGCAUUGGAAAUUGUGGCUGGCAAAAACAACAUGAGAUAUCGCCCAAAUGAGAACUUUGUAUGCCUUCUAGAUUGGGCUAUAUUCUUGCAACAAAAAGGAAAUUUAAUGGACCUGGUGGAUCCAAAGUCAGGGUCAGAAUUCAACAAGGAAGAGGCCAAUAGAAUGAUAAAGGUAGCUCUAUUAUGCACAAAUCCAUCUCAGGCGCUUCGUCCCGGCAUGUCUGAAGUGGUGAGCAUGCUUGAAGGCCGAACUGCUGUUCACGAACUGAUCAUGGAUCCAAGUAACAAUCAUGAUCCGUUGAGGUUCAAUGCCUUAAGAGACCAGUUCGAUCAGAUUUCGCAAAAGAGCUCUGGUCAAUCUCAGAGCGUCAGUACUCACUCAUCAAGCGUAACAAGGACUCAAUCUUCCUUUACAUCAGACUCUCAUUUUCAGUGAGUUUGCAUUGUAGUUUUCGACUAGAUUUUUGGAUAAUAAACAAUGUACUUCUUUUCUUCAAAAUGAUGCAGUAGUUUGGUACAAA